AUUUGCUGUCAUAUCUGAUGACCUGAGCUGGACCCCCGAACCCACAGGCGUCAAGGAAACUGACUCCUGGGAAAGAGGGUUUGUAUGCACAGAGAAGCUUCUUUGAGCUGCCGAGGCACUAGCAAUGGACACUCAGGAAGACGUUCAGCCCCCGAAGCAGCAGCCGAUGAUAUCUAUUUGUGGAGAGUGUCCCACCGAAAAUGAAAUAAAGUCCAGGGAUCCAAUCAGAUGCAGAGAAUGUGGAUACAGAAUAACGUACAAGAAGAGGACUAAAAGAUUGGUGGUCUUUGAUGCUGGAUGAAAAGUGGGAAUUCAGGAGUGUCUUCAUUCAUACAUUUGCCCCAUUGAUGUUUCUCGUACAGCUUCUGACUUAGCUUACUGAGGACUACAACUGUAAACCUCUGGUUUCAUUUUAGAAAUGUGAUUGUAUUUUGAUACUUUGUAUAAAGGAAUUUUUGGUUUAAAAAAAAAAAAAGAAAACUGACCCCUGACUUUCCGUCCUGUCCUGCGUUGGUGCACACGCACCCCCUCCACACUCCGACCACAUGCAUAAACAAGCCAGUCUAAAA